ACUUUAAAUAGCGUUACUUUACUUCUUAGGAGCGUUUCAAAUGUUAAAGAGAAUAAUUUGAGUAAGCAUAAAUAAAUCUUAUAAAAUUUUUGUAAAUGCUAUCGUAAAGCUUAUUUUGUAUAUAAUGUAAUUUGAAGGGGAUGUCAGUGUAUAUAAUACACGUACACAGUUAUUCAAAACGAUUCCCGACCUACUUGGCAUAGACAUGUGCAAGAAUUAUACUCUCAUUAUGCAAUAGUACAUGUGUGAAUAAUAAAAUAAUCUAGUCUCAAUAUUUCUAGCUAUUCGUAUUUUGAACAUUGUAAAUGUUGGACUUUAGAUAAUUACGUGUUACGUGAUAUAAUAUAGUGACGGAUUAAUGUUUACAUAAAACUCUUUACACAUCUAAUGUCUUAAUAACGAAUUCUUAGAAAAUUUAUUGAACAUACAUAUAUUAACUAGAGUUUCGAAUUAUUUGCAUAAAUUAAGAUGGUUUGUGGCUCGUGCCAGACCAAUACAGUUGUAUUUUCAAACAUUUAAUGUUUGUCCAGUAAAAUCUCAUCUUAGUAAUAUUUUUUCGAAAUUAAUAAUUUGAAAGACAGGAUUAUUUUUCGCUUUUGCCUGAUUCUGUCUGUUUGCUUUUGUUCGAAUAGUUCAAACGGAAACGAAUUAAGGCGGUAGUAUUUCCUUAGUGAUUGAGAUAGAGAGAAUCGUGGUGGGGUAAAUAAAAUAGUGCAUUAUGAUGCAUGCUGCCAUGGACCUAAGGAACCUAACCUGCAUACGUUAUAUUAUAUAGUCAAAGUAAUAGAGUUGAUAAACUUAUAAACGUUCGUUCAAAGUUGUCUUCCGCCUUCAAUUAAAAUGUUUGACAGUGAAUCGACUAACCAGUUGGUCACAGCUAAUGAACAAAAUGUAGUUACGACAAAGUCUGAACCUAAUUCAAGUAUGAUUCCAAUGUUAAUACCUAAAGUGGAACCACUAAGUAUGUUGGACGAGGAAAAUGACGACCAGGAAUUGAAGGUAUCAAUUCCUUUUACUGCACCCAAAUUAAGAGACCCAACUGUUCUGCUGGAACGAUGCGAUAAAAUAUGGGAGACAUUUAAGAUGAUAAAAGAUGUUCAAAACACAAACCUGGUUCCUGCAUGUACAAAUGUAGUACCACCAGAAGCUACAACCUUGAGUUCAUACAUUAAAUACCAACCAACAUCAGCCGACAACGGUAAUGUACAAUCGCGUUUUAAAUUUGUUGUGAAAAAUAAAAAAGCUUUAUUUCACUGUGUAAUGUGUGGGAAACAGUACAAAAGUAAUCGAGACUUAAGACGUCAUUCUUAUAAAAUACAUAACAUUUUUAUACCACCAAAGCACCGCUCUAGACAUUCGAAUGAAAAGACUAUGAAAAUUAAUGAAGAUUGUAGUAAUGUCACGAAAGACACAAACAACUUAGAAAAAGUUCCUGCAAGAAACUUUGAAGAAAAUCCAUUAUCAGGAACAUUACAGCCUGUAUCAGAAUGUAAUGUAACUUCAACAACCAUCAAUUUAAGAAUGCAACGCACAUUGAUUCAGGUAAGGAAAACACACGUCGACAAUAUCAAUAAAACUGUAGAAAAUAAACAAGAGGAGAAAGUGUUAAAUAAAGAAGUAGAACCGAAGACAGAAUGUGUGUUAUGCAACCAGAGUGUUACGAAUAUUAAAAAUCACUUAAUCACUUACCAUAAAAUUGAGUCACCAGACUUUAUGUUGAAGAACGUAAUUGAAGCAUAUCCUAAUUCGGCAAGUGAGAAGGUAGAGCAUAAUAAUCUGAACAGGACUACAGGAGAAAGUGAAAUAGUUUCAAAAGAAGAUGCAGGCGCAUCAUGCAUAAAUCCUAAUAAGAAACGUAAACUUGAUGUUGGUAACAAGAGACAGAAUAACACUCGUGGAAUAAGAGAUGAAGAAGUGAGAGAUACAUACGAAUGUGAAGUUUGUUUAGGCACUUAUAAAAGAAGUAGCCUUUACGGACACGUUCGCUUGCACCGAGCGCGUGGCGAAACGCGAGAAAAUUUUAAAUUAUCCAAAGCCAAAUAUUACAAUUCUGCUAUGUAUACACGGAAGACGGAAAUGAAAAUUAAUAAAUUAAGAUUAAUUAGCUCAUUUUGUACAUCUGUAAAUAAGUCCACUGAGAGUAAUAAAGACAAUUCUAAUUUGGAUACAAAUAAAAAAGUGGAAAAUCUCAAGGUAGAAAAUAAUGAUAAGAAUGAGGAAAUAGCAAGGGAAAGUAGAAAUAAAAUACAGGAGUGUCCUACGCAAAGUAAUUCUGAUGAAAUUUCUUCGAGUGGAAUUACUAUGGCAAUCAAGGAAAAGAACGACACAUCCAAAGUUGUUCAUGAGGAUGGAAGUGAUAAUAAAUCAGACCAUACUGACGAAUCGUCAGAUAUUUCUGAUCAGAAGCCAGAAGAUCAUGUAGAUACCUUAGACGUAUCAUUUGAUUAUAGUGAAAACCAUACUGUUUUAAAAAUUCAAUGUGUCGAAGAGGAUAUAGAGAUCGAUAUUGAAGGCAAUUCACAAACUGAUUUUUGUAAUAAUACUUUGGAAGUUAAGAGUAAGAGUAAAGUAAAUCAAGAAGCUUCUGGCACUGAAAAGGCACCUAAAAAUAUAAAAGCAGAAGUAGACCGCGAACCACAUCGGAAGGACAAUAAUUCAAAACCUCUAAAAUGGGAACUCCGUUCCAAAAAAAUAAUUAAUGAAACACAAGAGAAAUAUAUGUGUUUAUGUAAACAUGAUUGCAACUGCGGUAAACAAUUGUAUACCAAAACAAGUUUUGAUAUUCAUAUGAAUCAAGCACAUACAAUGACAUGUGGUUAUUGCAAACAAUGUUUUCCCGAUGUUAGUACGUGGUAUUUGCAUGAGUGCACCGUUGUUGAGGGUAAAGAAUUCACUGAUUUACUGAUGGAGUUAACUUGUUAUUUUUGCAAAGCCGUAUGUAAAACGUAUAAAGAAUUUGAUCAACACGUAACAAAUGAACAUUUUAACCAUGAAUUACCAUAUUUAUGUUUUGAAUGUCCGGAAAGAUUUUGUACAGACGCAGAUCGAAAAAUCCAUUGGAAUAAAAAGCAUCCAACGCGUUGUUCUAUUUGUAACAUUGUAUACAAAACGCAGGAAAAGUCUAAACACAAAGCUUAUCAUUGUGGGUUCGGAAUUCCUUGUCAUUUAUGUAAGAAAGCUUACAUUAAUUCGAAUUAUUAUAUAUCUCAUAAAAAGAGACUAGUAAGAUUUCACAAGACACAGAAACAAAAACACAAAAAGGCUCUGCAUUUUAUAAAAUCAAAAGAAUUGCCGUAAAAGGAACAUUCAUGUAUCUUACUGAUCAUUUUCGAAUGGAUGCUGUAAAUCCUUUUUAUUUUGUGUUAUUAAAGCGGUAGACGAGAUGAUACGUAACUUUUAAUUUCUUCUGUUCAUUGAAGAAGUUAUAAUUUAUUUCUCCACGAAAUUUUAGUUUCUUUCGUGCGUUACGCAUUAUUCAUUAAGACACAGUAUUUUUAAAUGUAUACACACGUUAUGUUUAAGAAAUAUUAACUACUUAAAGUGUAUAAGGCAUCGUAAUAGUCCUUAGGGGAUAAAAAGAGUGCUCACAAUCAGUCAGAAAAUUGUAAUAAUAAUUUUAAUAAUUUUUUCUUCGAUAAGUUUAGCUACAACCACAAGACAACUAUUCUACUCUUGUCUAUU